UGAUGACUCAUCAUCGAGAUUGACAAAAGGAUGCGUGGACGAAGAUGAACGCGCACGCUCCAUUUACAACAACACAACCACAACACCACACAACCACCACCACACGUCAACCACAGGUCACCAUGUCGCAGCAGCCGUCGGAAGAGAUGUGCGCCAAGGCGCCCGGGACGUUCUUUGAGUGCAGCUAUGGCCGCUCGCACUACCGCUUGCUCGGAAAGCCGCAAGGAAAGCCGCUUGUCGUGUGCCUGCAUGGCAUCAGCGCGGAGGGUGCCGCGUACCUGAAGCUGGCGGAGGAGCUGGUCCCGCUCGGCUACCAGUGCCUCCUGCCUGACCUGUACGGCCGUGGGUUCACGGACGCACCGGCGAAGCACGUGUACAACGACGUGCACCUGUUUACGUCGCAGGUGGCGGAGCUGCUGCUCGCCGUGGCGGAAGAGACGGACUACCAGAGCGCGAAGGGCAUCUACCUCAUCGGCAGCUCCAUGGGCGGCGCCAUCGCCGCCAAGUUUGCGCACAUGCACCCUCGCCUGGUGAAGAAGCUCGUGCUCGUGUGCCCGGCGGGCCUGCCCAACGACAUGCCGUUCCUGGCGUCCCUGGUCAAGGUGCCCGGGCUCGGGGAGGCGCUGCUGUCCAUGGCGUCGAAGAAGACCAUCGCCGAUGGCGCUGCGCGGUCGUACGCGGACCCGACGCGCGAGGGCGCAAAGGAGCAUCUGGAGAACACGCUCAAGCGCGGCGCAGAGCUGGCGAAGCACCACCCGGCACACGGCAAGGCGCUCAUCAACACCGUGCGCAACUUCAAGUUUGGCGGGCUGACGGCGUCCUUUGAGGAGCUUGGCCGUCGCCAGGAGCUGCCCAUCCUGCUCGUCUGGGGCAACAAGGACAUUGUCGUGCCGUUCCACAACCACGAGACCAUCCUGAAGCUGAUCCCGCACGCCCAGUUUAUUGAGCUGGACAACGGCGGGCACGUGGACAUGUUUGCAGUGCCGCAUCUGCGGCAGAUGUUCCACGAGGGUGUGGUUGCCCACUUUGCUGGCGAGCCCAUCCCGCACACCAAAGGCGACGCCGAAGCCGAGACCGAGACGGCGGAGCCCAGCGAGGAGUAGGGCUGGCCGUGGUCGUGUGUGUGUGUGCGUAUGUGUGCGUAUGUGUGUGUAACGUUGAGUGUGGCUGUUUGUGUUGAAUGUGGCUGUUUGCGUUUGCUGUUGUAGGCGUGUGCGUGUUGAGUAUUGUGCUGCUUGUUGUCUGUUUGUUUGUGUUGAGUGUUUGCUUGUUUGUUGUGCUGGGUGUGAAGAUACGUGUGGACUUGUUGUGUAGGUGUUUAGGCGUAUGUGUGCGUUGUCGCACUCUCUCUCUCUCUCUCUCUGUGCGGCAAUGCGGUGUGUUACAUCACAUGUUACAUGGAGCCCUCGCAAAUAAAGGACAGAACACCCCCAUGCACGACCAGUGUUCAGCGUGCAAGUGAAGCGAGGCAAUGUAUUCGACACACACGCGGCAUGCGGACCAGCAC